AUGAAAUUUUUGUGGUUAUUGUUUUUGGCCCUGAGUGCCUUGUUGUUAAUACAAACAACUACAGCAGAAGUUGAAGUACAACGUGCAGUACAAGAAAAUUCUGAUGACAAAGUAAUUGAAAAUAAACUUCUUAACGAGGUGGAAACUAAAAAUGAUAUGCCAUUAGACGAUGGCGAAGAACACGCAGAUGAUGACGAAAAUGAGGAGGAAACUGAAGAAGUUUCUAUGAAUGACGAUAGUGAUGAUAGUGACAACGAGAAAAAGCUCGAAGAUGAAAAAUCUGAGCAGGAAGUUAUAGUUGCUGGCGAUGUGGAGGCUUUCAAAGAGGAAGGCAUGCAACGUUUAGCGCGUGAAUUGAGAAGCUUCCACAAUUCGAAUGCUCUAGCCAGAAGCAAUAACCAAAGGUUAGACGAAGAUGAUGAGGAAGCUAUAGCCGAAGAACGUGCCAUACGCAAGCGUCAACGUGUGCGCAGGCGCAAGACCAAAAACAAGAUCAAACGUACUAACAAAAACAGGCAUGUAGCCAAUCGCCGUAGAUCCUCCAACAACAAAUCCAAAAAUAAGAACUCACUACGUCGCAAAUCUUCCAAUAAGUCAAAAGCCAAAUACUCUAAAAAAAAUCGCGGUUCUAACAGCGGCACCAGAAGAAGAAACACCAGACGUAAUGGAGUAAGACGUAACACCCGCAGAGGUGGCAAUCGUAAGCGUGGUUAUCGUUACAGCAAACGUGGUUUGCGUUCCAAGAGUGGCCACAAACGUCGCCGUUCGAACAAAAAGAGAAAGCAACGUGGUGCAAACAGACCACGCAAAUCUGAAAGCGAUGCUAUGUUAAUGGCCUCCGAUGACAAGAAUUCCCAAACGCCCGUGGCUGAGGAGGUUGCCCAACCCAUUCAGCAAGCUGAACAGCCAGCAGAGGCCACUCAGCAAUGA